AUGGCCUCAGCAGCAAGAUACCUGGGCCGGUCGGCCUUGUCCAUGGCCCGGAGAGGCCCAAUUGCGAUCCCCUACCGCUCAUUCUCCGCCACCGCGCCCAGUUUCGUGUCAGAAGACCCGCCAGUACCGCCUGCUCCCCGAGAACCCCGUCCGGAGGAUUUGCCUGCUAUAGCGGAGUACUCUCCUAGUCUACUUUCCAAGGAGGAGCGAUCGAUGUAUGACAUGCUGGCGCCCGAAGAACGGGAGCAGUUUGACGCCGAGAACCGUCGGAUGGUGGAGGAGUUUAAUGACCCGCAGAAGCGAGCGGCCGCGUUUGCGGAGCUCGAGAAGAGCGUGAACCAGAUAGAUAAGGAAUACCCCAUGCGGUUUGACGACAUUCGGGAGAAGCGAGUUGGAUUCUGGGGUGACGAGGAAGACGAUGAAUUCGCCUACGUUGAAGACGCUGAUGAGGAGUUCAACGACGACGAUAUCACGUCGAUGGCUCAUGCGGAACUCGAAGUACACCGCGAGAUCAGAGAAUACGCUAGGAUUGCUGCUUGGGAUAUGCCAUUGCUGAGCCAUCUUGCCAAGCCGUUCACCCUCCCUCCGCAAUCUCACAUUCUCCGCUUCCGCUACACCACAUACAUGGGCGAGUCGCACCCCGCCGAGAACAAGGUCGUCGUCGAGCUGAGCACUCAGGAUUUAACCCCCAAGCAUCUCUCCGAGGCACAGCGCCAGACGUUCCUGAAACUCGCUGGGCCGCGGUACAACCCCGACACCGACAUUGUACGGAUGUCCUGCGAGAAGUUUACCACUCGUGCUCAGAACAAGCGUUAUCUAGCCGAUAUCGUAAACUCAUUGAUUAAGGAGGCGAAGGAAGGAGAUGCCUUUGCCGACGUUCCCCUUGACCUCCGCCAUCACAAGCCGAAGACCAGGCUCCAAUUCCCAGACUCCUGGAAGUUGACCUCGGAGCGCAAGAAACAGAUCGAAGCUCGCCGUGCUGAGAGACUACGCCUGGAGAAGGAAAGAGCAGGCAUCGUGGAUGGCAAGGCGGUAAUCGCCGACGCGGCUCGGGUCUUGCCAGCAUUGAACCCUGCCUUGAAGGCCAGGGCAACUGAAGAGCGAGAGAAGGUUGCUGUUCGGGUCACUGGCAAAGCACAGAAGAAGAGACUACGCUGA